AGGCUCGCGGCGUGUCAGUGUGGAGCAGCGGUGAUGACAGAGAGCGGCUUCAUCACGAUAAAUCCCUGAAUAAAGCAGCAUGUCUACGAUAACAAGUCCUUAAAUCAGCACAUUUCAUCACUUCAUUAAAUCCUGAGCUCUGCUGUAGGAAGUGUGUGUCAGCCCUUGAGAAAGAAGAACUAAAGAAGAUCUUCAGUAUGACAGAGGACAAUCCCGUAAAGGAGAACCACGAACCUGAGGAAACCGAGCCCACGGUACCGGCUGAGAAGCCUGAGGCGAACCAUGAGGAGAAGUCUGAGGAGAACCAUGAGGAGAAGUCUGAGGUGAACCAUGAGGAGAAGUCUGAGGUGAACUAUGAGGAGAAGCUCCUAACCGAGGAGGAGGAGAAGAAGGCAGGAGACGGAGAGAGUGAGCGGGCCAUGAUGGAGAAACAGCCCGAGACUGAAUACCCUGAAGGCGGCUGGGGCUGGGUGGUCAUGCUCGCCUCCAUGUGGUGUAACGGGUCGGUUUUCGGGAUCCAAAACGCUUUCGGGAUCUUAUUCGUGUCCCUGCUCAAGGAGUUCGGCUCCGAGAACGACGAGGACCUGCGCUUCAGGACAGCAUGGGUGGGCUCUCUGUCCAUGGGGAUGAUAUUUUUCUGCUCUCCGAUCGUCAGCGUGUUUACAGACGUGUUCGGCUGCAGGAUCACGGCGGUGGGCGGAGCUGCGGUCGGUCUUAUCGGCCUCUUUGCCAGUUCAUUCGUCAAUUCUCUGGGCACUCUGUACUUCACAUAUGGUGUGGUGUUUGCGUGCGGAUGUUCGUUCGCGUAUCAGCCCAGCCUGGUCAUCCUCGGACAUUACUUUAAGAAACGUUUGGGUCUGGUGAAUGGCGUGGUGACGGCGGGCAGCAGCAUCUUCACCAUCUCUCUGCCUCCGCUGCUCUCCAGCCUGCUGACCCGCGUCGGCCUGCACAACACCCUGCGCGUCCUCUCCAUUCUGAUGUUAAUCCUCAUGUUGGCCGGAUUCACCUACAAGCCCCGCCUCCCACAGAAGGCGGAGUCAAAGAAGGCAUCGUUGAAGAGGAUCUGCAACAUCCAGAUUUGGAGGAGUCUGAGUUACAGGAUCUGGGCUUUUGGGAUUCCAGCCGCGCUCUACGGAUACUUCGUGCCCUAUGUCCACCUGAUGACGCAUGUACAGGAGCGCUUCGGGGCAGACGCAAAUAAAGAGGUGUUACUUAUGUGUCUCGGCAUCACAUCAGGCGUGGGACGUCUCAUCUUCGGACGCGUGGCUGAUUACGUCCCCGGAGUGUACAAAGUCUUCCUGCAGGUGGCGUCGUUCCUGGUGAUUGGCCUGAUGUCCAUGUUGAUCCCGCUGUGUAAUGUGUUUGGAGGUCUGAUCGCAGUGUGUUUGUUGAUGGGACUGUUUGACGGAUGUUUUAUCUGCAUCAUGGCUCCCAUCGCCUUCGAGCUCGUCGGCUCCGACAACGUCUCUCAGGCCAUCGGCUUCCUGCUGGGGAUGAUGUCUGUGCCCAUGACUGUGGGUCCUCCUAUCGCAGGGUUCCUCCGAGAUCGCCUGGGCAGUUAUGAUGUGGCAUUCUACCUGGCGGGGAUCCCUCCUCUGAUCGGUGGAGCUGUGCUGUGUCUGAUCCCGUGGGUGGAGUGGAGGAAGAGGAGAAAAGAGGGAGGGAAUAAAAUCGAGGAGAAGAAUAACGACAAGCUUGAGUCUGUCAUAUGAAUCACACACACACACACACACAGCAUUUCUGAAGGACACAGUGAAUGUAUGUGUCGUGUGUCAGCAGUGCCUUUUGUUUUUUUUUGUUUUUUUUAACUUUAAGCACCAAAUGUCCGCAUAGUCUGACCUGUCCAUAUAUUUUUUUUAUUUGUAUAUCCUUUUAUUUUUUAUUGAAACGAAAGAGCUGAAAGAUUUAUCUGGAAGUUGAGUCAUGUGGCCUGGACUAGAUGGGAACGUCUCGAGCGGCUCCUCCAUCCAGACGUGACUGGACUUCCAGAUCACCGCACACGGAGGACUGAGAAUCCUCACAGACACAUUUCAAGGGGUUAGGUUUACGUUUAAUUAGCCGCGUUAAUCAUUCGGUUCUCGUGAAGACAGCAAGUGUUUUUAUUCUUCUUCUUUUUUCUUUUUUUUUUAUUCAGAACUUUACUCUCUCUAUCUAUAUAAAUAUACACUGAUCGGCCAUAACAUUAUGACCACCUGUUGGUCCCACUUUUGUUGCCUGACCCGUCGAGGCAUGAUGGACUCCACUAGAUCCCUGAAGGUGUGCUGUGGGAUCUGGCACCAUGCCUCGAUGGAUCUAUAUAUAUAUAUAUAUAGAGAGAGAGAGAGAGAGAGAGAGAGAUAUUGAGUAUUAUAUAAUUCGUUUUAUAGAUUGAUCUCUGCUUUAAUAAUUAAGCCUAUGCAAGAGUGUUUCUCAGAGCUUUAUGCGUAUUAGCAUUUAGGGAUAUUACGUUGGAUUUUAUUAUUUUUGUAUGGCUUUAUUAUCCAAACCAAAGACAUUAAUUAGAGUGUUUGAUUCACAUUACACUUUAGAUCCUAAAGUCACACUAAUGCCUCCUGAUUAAAGGCGGCAGUGAAUCAUUAAAGCCUAAAACCAUGUUUUUAAAGUUCUCUAUGCAAAGCAUCCGUCUGCAAUGAAUAAUCGUGCCGAUGAAAUUCAGGGAAAGUGUUAACGCUGAAAGGGCUGAUCUGAGGGGAAAUUAGCACAGCUAGCCUCGUUAAAGGCUUCGCUAUAAAGCUUUACGUCACUGAGGAAUCUUCGCUGCACAGAUCUCACACCUGUGUCUUACUGCGGCGUCAUAAUGAAACAUAGCAUGAUGUACCAGGUUGCUACCUUGGUGUGUGUGUGUGUGUGUGUGUGAGAGAGAGGUGGAGGAAUAAUACUGGACAACAUUGUCCAAAGGAUCUGAAGAUUCCUGGGUAGGCUGCCUACUUUUAUCUAACACACACACACACACACACACCUGACUGGUUCUCUGGACUCUCAGGAUUGUUCCAAAUGAAUUUAUUCUCUUUAUUUUAGUUCGUUGAAAUCUGAUUAAGGAGUCCGAUCUGUAGCUUCCCGAGUAAUAAUCUACCUCAAUUUUCCAUCCGAGGCUUCAGAGACACAAGGGAUUCGUUUCAUUCACUGUAACGGCGUUUUCAAAUCGUUUCAUCAUUUCUCGAAAAUUCCCGAAUCACAAGAAUUAUUUUAAUCAAUUUUAUUAUUAUGCCAGUGUUAGUGCCUUAAGCUGGUCAUGUGACUCUUUAAUCAACCCUGAUUAUGAACAGUUUUAUAUCAUACAAUAAUCCUAUAUAUGUAUAUUAUUAUUAUUAUUAUUUCAAAUAUUCUUCUUCUUUUUGCUCGUCUGCUUCAAAUAACGGCUUCUGUCUUCGUGAUGUUUUUCAUGAAAAGUUCUUUGUGUGUUGUUUAUUUUGUGUUGGAAAUGAAUCGACGCCUUUUUGACUUCGUCUCUCCCUAAACACCCCGCCUACUUAGGCGCCCUCGUCCUGAACAGGCCGUAAUUGACCGGAAGGGUCCAGUCGCGUGAGACGUUUUUCAAACCUUUAACAGCACAAGCCGAGUCCAGUAUUUAUAGAUGUACAAAAGUGUUUUGUGUGUUUUUAUGCAAGAUGUGUGUGUGUGUGUGUGUGUGUGUGUGUGUGCACCGCGACUAAUACAGACUAUUACUAAUUGUUGUUGUUGUUUGUGGAUAAAUGACCACUUCGUAUCACACUCACACAGGAAAGCAACACUAUGGCUGCGACAGCAGGAAUAAAUUAUUCGUAGCUGAACCGAACGGUUUUAUUUUACCGCAUCAGAAAAAAAAGGAAGUCAAGCUAAAAAAAAUAACCAAAAACAGUGUUGUGGGCUCCGUCCUGAAAGUUGGUGUGUUCCUGACAGGAGAGUGUCUUAAAUCUCUGUAUUGAAACGGUUCUGUCUUAACUUCCACUAGGAAAAGCCAAAGGAAACGCUUCCUUAUCUGGAAUUCCCACUAAGCCCUGAUCUAAUCAGCGUCAAACACAGAGUUAGAUCAGAUCUGCAGAUAUACAGCAGUAACCUCCGUCCUGAAUGCUGCUGGUUCCUGACUGGCUGGUGUUCUAGUCAAUCUCAUAACUUCCACUAGGAAAAACGCUUCCUUAUCUGGAAUUCCCACUAAGCUCUGUCUAUAACACUGAAGCAGUUUUUUGUGAAGCUAGAUACACUAAAAAGUUUUGGGACGUCUGCCUUUACAUGCACAUGAAUGUGAUAUGGUCCUGGACAUCAGACUCACUGUCUAAUUAAUUUGCUGUCAUUAAUCUCUCUGUCCACUGCUCUGAGCAGGAGUGCAGCCUGGAGCAGUGUAACGCCUGCCAUAAUGGACUUUGACUAGAGCUUGUUGCAGUUCCUAGUAUUGACCACUAGGGGCAGUAAUAACUCUCUGGAGCUAUAACUUACACUUUAACAGCAAGUGGCAUUUUUACACUGCGACAUAAGUCCAGUAGAACUUAGAGUCAGUUUCCGUCCAUGAGGGAGUGUGUGUGUGUGUGUGUGUUUGUUUGUAUCUGAGCUCCACGCUGCUUUCCUCCAUCACCUUCAGAUGAAACACACUGUUGACUUUAUGACAGAAUUUUCUCUUUAAUUCUUUAUUAAACCUGUUUGUUGUUGUUUUCUUUCUCCAUGUCUCUGUAGGUCGACUGAUUACACAAUGCAUGUGUUUGUUUUUUUUUAAAUAAUGUACACAACAAUAAAGAAAAAUCUCAUUUUAAUGAACUGGA